CUAUCCAUUUCUUUCCCCUUAAAAAAAGUUGGUUUGGACUCAUUUCUUAGAGCUCCAAACAUUUUGUUCUGUUCUGUUUCGGUUUGGUGUUUCAAAUUUUAUUGCAGUGAAGUUUUUUUUUUUUUGAGAAAUUUGAGGGUGAAAUGGAGGGCGGACAGAUAGCCAAGAAGAAUUUGAAGGUUGAUGUUUCGUCCGAGCAUGAUGGCACAAUUGAGUCUCAGGUGACUUCAGCAACAGGGCAGGGUACACCAGGCCUUACCAGGCAGCCGAGUGUGACAAAGGGCAACUGCUUGUGCUCUCCUACAACACAUGCUGGUUCCUUCCGGUGCAGACUUCACCGUGCCCCUAGUCUCCAGCGUACCAAAAGCAUUGACACCACUGCAAACCAGGACGCUGCAUCCAAAGAUUAACUGCACCGCCCCAGAACCUGACUCCAACGUAAUUGAUUCCCAAAAAUAUGUAUAAAUGUGUUAUUGGCUGUUAUUUAAACCCUUUUCAGUUCUUUUGUGUUCAGUCACCUAUUCAGUCCUUGUUGUUACUCUUAUGUCUAAAAAUCCGAUGUUCAAAUUUAUUAUUUUCUUAGUUUAAGUCUGUUUAUCUUCUUUUCCGUGUCUUCCAUGAUUUU